AUGACUUCCAAUGAUUGGUCCGUUGGUCGCUUGCGUUCAGCAGACUUGGUAUGGGGUCAAAUUCGUGCGGGUUCCACUCAUGCUUGCCGGCACUGCGGCGUCAUUCUCCUAACCGGGGAAGAAUCGGGCUUCUGCUGUGGAACAAAUGGGUCUAAGCUCAACAGCUUCCCUCCUUUACCUGUUCUCCCAAUACAAUAUAACCAAUUCCUGUUCGACCCAAAAAUCUCCUCUUUGUCCCGUGCUCUCAACCUCGUAUUCUCCUUUGCAUCUCUUGAAUCAAGUGUCCCUUUCUUUGACGUUGGCGGUCCACCUGGGUUUUGGUCUGUUGGUGGCCGAAUCUACCAUCGUGUUCGACCUGAACAUCAAAAUUCCGCUGUACAUUGGCUCUUAUAUGACAAAUUCGACACCACCAAACCCCCGCAUAAAAAAUGGGCAGAUACUCUACCUUCUUCUUGGAUUGAAGCCGUCAAAGGUGCCCUUUUGAUGCAAAAUCCUUUCGUCCGGCGCCUCAACAUACUUGGAGGAAUGGAUGAAACCCUGUGUCCGCAAGCGACAAUACUAUUGCACGAUUCUGGUGAGUGUCAUUUUCUCGUACUAGUACAUCUUCUAGUUUCGCUGAUGUGA